AUGUCAAAGCUGAGUUUGGACGGCUUUUUUUCCUACUGCAAGCAAAUAGCAGAACAUAUACAAUUGGGGGAGAGAAUGGCGUCGCUAUCAGGGCAGGGCACUCCGAAGCUCACCUCAUCCGUCGGGAACCUGUACUACGAUUCGAUCCUCCCAUACCGCGAGGACGCGCAGCCUCAGACGCGGGAGUUCCUGGCGAGGGUCGUGGAUGUACUGCUCGACUUCAUCCACCAGGUCAACGACAGGAAUGAGAAGAUCCUGGAGUUCCGCAUGCCGGAGGAGAUGAGCAAGAUGUGCGACUUCCAACUACACGAGGAGCCGCUGCCGCUGAAGCAGCUGCUCGAGGACUGCAAGCUGGCACUCAAGUACCAGGUCAAAACUGGUCACCCCCACUUUUUUAACCAGCUGUCCUGCGGCCUGGACAUCAUCUCCCUGGCAGGCGAGUGGCUGACGGCGGCCGCCAACACCAACAUGUUCACGUACGAGAUCGCGCCCGUCUUCAUUCUUAUGGAGAAUGUGGUGCUGGAAAAGAUGAGGAAUAUGAUCGGCUGGAGGACUGGAGACUCUAUUCUGGCUCCCGGUGGUUCCAUCUCCAAUCUGUACGCGUUCCUGGCGGCGCGGCACCACAAGUUCCCUCAGUACAAGGAGAAGGGACUCUCCAGCAUCCCCGGACACCUCGUCAUGUUCACCUCCGACCAGUGCCACUACUCAGUGAAGUCGUGUGCGUCAGUGUGCGGUCUGGGCACAGACUACUGCAUCUGUGUGCCGUCCGACGAGCGCGGGCGCAUGAUACCCACCGAACUGGAGAGACUUGUCAAGUACCACAAGGAUAGAGGCAAUGUUCCCUUCUUCGUAAACGCGACGUCAGGCACCACAGUGCUGGGUGCCUUCGACCCGCUCGAGGAUAUCGCAGACAUCUGCCAGAAGUAUGACAUGUGGAUGCAUGUUGAUGCUGCGUGGGGUGGUGGCCUGCUGUUCUCCAAGAAGUACCGCCACCCCCGCCUCACUGGCAUCGAGAGGGCUGACUCCGUGACAUGGAACCCGCACAAGUUGAUGGGCACACUGCUGCAGUGCUCCACCGUGCACUUCAAGUAUGAGGGCAUCCUGUUGAACUGCAACGCGAUGUCAGCUGAGUACCUGUUCAUGACCGACAAGAUCUACGACCCCAAAUACGACACCGGCGACAAGGUCAUCCAGUGUGGACGACACAAUGAUAUCUUCAAGCUGUGGCUGCAGUGGCGUGGAAAGGGUACAUCAGGCUUCGAGCGCCACAUGGACCGUCUGAUGGAGCUGGCGGAGUACCAGGUGCGCCGCAUCAAGGAGCAGCCUGACAAGUUCCACCUCAUCCUGGAGCCGGAGAUGGUGAACGUGUCCUUCUGGUACCUGCCCAAACAACUGCGUGGCCUGCCACAUGAUGCUAACAAGGAGAUUAAGCUGGGCAAGGUGUGCGCCAAGCUCAAGGGCAAAAUGAUGCAAUCCGGUACAUUGAUGGUUGGCUACCAGCCUGACGACCGCCGUCCCAACUUCUACCGCAGCAUCAUCUCCUCAGCAGCUGUCACUGAGAAGGACGUCGAUUUUAUGCUUUCAGAAAUGGAUCGCCUCGGACAAGAUAUCAUUGUCGACUAA